AUGGACAGUGGAGUAGAUAUGCACGAGGAAUCAAACUCAGAACGGUCCCACCGCGAGAUCUCUCCAUCCACCUGUUCUUCGCAGAGAAACGGAUUUACCUCAGAUUCCGCCUCCUCGUCUUCGGUGUCGUCUUCCGUGGCGCCAUCGACCAACGCUGCCGCUUUCGAUGCAAACAACCUCACAAACAGCCACCAUCGGAACUUGAAUGCUCUCAAGCUGUUCAUUGGGCAGAUACCGCGCUUCAUGAAUGAGGUCGAUAUUCGGCCUAUUUUUGAAGAAUUCGGUCCCAUUUCAGACAUCCUAGUUUUGAGGGAUAAACUCACUGGAAUUCACAAAGGCGAGUCAAAAAAUGCGCUAUUUUGUAAAUUUAAGGUAGGCUUAUAUUGGGGCGAUAAAUACCACGGUUAA